AUGAUGGUCGAUUGGCGUGAUCUUGGUACGAACAUCAGAAUGGGCAGGGAAUGCGCUCUCCUUGGCCAAUACGACUCGGCACUUGUUUAUUACGACAGCUGCUUGGAAAUGCUUGGCGCUAUCAUCGAAGUAACGGUCGAUCUGGAAAGGCGGCAGCGGUGGAUUAUGGCUCGUGAAACGUUGCUGCUAGAACAACGACGCGUCAAUACACUGAAGAAAGUGAUCGAAAAUCUGCGUGAAGAACCCUCGUCGUCCAUUGCGACUUUUGGCCUGGGAAGUCUGACUUUUCAGGACGAAGUCUGCGACAGUUGGUUGACACCCAGUUAUGAAAAAUUUCCAGUUUGCUACACGGACAAUCGUGUGACGAAACGCCGUGUAUCAUCAACGGAUCGCAUUAAAGCGAAGACUUGCGGUAAUGCGAAAAAAUCUUCUGACGAACAGAUUCACAGGAAGAAAGGAAGUUCACAUGGUAAGGAAUGCCGCGGUAUGCGCAAGUCUAACAGUCAAAGCAGCGGCAUCGAUUCUACACGAAUACAGCGAACAAAUUCCAUCAGUGGCUUACGUCCGUCAUCCAGAAACAAGACCGACAAAACUGGCUCUCCCGGCGGCGGUAGUAGCAGCAGCACCGGCUCCGGUGUCGAAAGCGGCAGCAUUGCUGACAAAGAUGAUCUAGAAUUUGAGCGGAAGUUCGAUUCUGCCGGAUACGAUAAAGAUUUAACCGAAUGCAUUGAGCGCGAUAUCGUCGUACGUGAUCCGAACGUUCACUGGUCUGACAUUGCGGGAUUGUCUGAAGCCAAGCGUUUGCUUCAAGAGGCCGUUGUUCUGCCGUUAUGGUUACCCGAUUUUUUCAAGGUAGCGUCAUAA